GAUAAUCCAUGACCGGAAGUGUUAUUAUUGUUCUGGAAAGAGAAUCAGGCGUUAAGAAGCGAGUCUUACUUAUUCAUAAACUAAUAUUUGUGGACACAAUAAGUUUAAAUCUAGGUUACAACUCGCUUUUUGGCGUAUCUUAAACGUAAGUGAACACGGUCAAACAUUGAAAGCAGCGAUGGCGUCGCCUCUGCAGAUGACAGAGAUGUACGACAACGCUCUGCUCGGGAUCCUGCAGCACGUUGGAAACAUUCAGGACUUUCUUCAGGUCUAUUUUGGGUUUCUGUAUCGCAAAACGGACUAUUAUCGCCUGCUGGCAGGUCCAAACGACAAGAUGGUUCCCCCCGGCGUGGCGGAGAAGAUGGUGCUCAAGACAUUUAAGGUUUUCGAGAAGCUGGCAGAUCAGGACAGAGAGAGGCAGCUGAGUGAGCUGCAGAGGAGAGAGCUGGGUCGAUGUGUUCCUCCUGCACUUCAAGAGCUCGAGUUGGCCGCAGAGGAGACAGUAGAGCAGAGCACAGAGGCGGCACAAACGGAGAGCUCUCCCUCGGAUGCUGUUGAUGUUUCAGCUGCUGCCUCCUCAGCAGCAACUGUGAGCCUUCAGCGCGAUGACAGCAGCAGCAGCAGCAGCAACAGCUCAGGUCCAGGCCAGUCAGCUCAGGGAGACCAGGCAGCAGCAGCCAGCGCAAUCUCAACAGAAGGGAGUCGGGACAAGUUGCAGGCCGACCCCGAUACUUACAACGGGGCUGUGAGGGAGAACUACAGCUGGUCUCAGGACUACACCGACGUGGAGAUCCGCGUGUUUGUGCCCAAGAAGGUUGUAAAAGGCAAACAGGUCAGAGUUAAUCUGCAGGCCAGUAGCAUGCAGGUGUGUGUGAUGGAGGGAACUGAAGAAAAAACACUGAUGGAGGGAGAAUUCACUCACAAGAUCAACACUGAAAACUCUCUGUGGAGUCUGGAGCCUGGGAGCUGUGUGGUUCUGUCCCUCAGUAAGACAUCAGAGGUUUGGUGGAGCGCAGUGCUGAAAGGAGAAGCAGAAAUUGAUAUAAACCAAAUUAACCGUGAGCGCUCCAUGGCAACAGUUGAUGAAGAGGAACACGCUGUUCUGGACCGACUCUCCUUCGACUACCAUCAGAAGCUGCAGGGGAAACCACAGAGUCAUGAAAUGAAGGUGCAUGACAUGCUGAAGAAGGGCUGGGACGCUGAAGGUUCACCGUUCAGGGGGCAGCAGUUCGACCCGUCCAUGUUUGACAUCCCGGCCAGUGCAGUGCAGUUCUGAAGCUCGGCCCAAACUCAGCCAAAUAUGAACUGAAUGCUAGUUUAUUUACAGAGCUGGCUGUUGGAAAGUCAACAUUUACCUGCUGCUCAGUUAUGUUGGUCCUCAGCUGUGGGAGCUGCACUGAAGCUGGUUUUGUUGGGAGUGGGAAUACCGAUGAGGACUUGUCAUUAUAUCAUACGCUCAUUUGAUGUUUUGGCAGAAUAAUAUCUGAUAUAUUUGUUAAAUGUUUUGCGCUUUAUUUAAAAAACUUUUCAGUGCCUAUAUGAGGGACUCUGGUAUUGUUUUAUUUCAUUUAGUUCUCACAACAAUACUCCAAAACUGUUAAGAAUUCAGUCUUAUCAGUAGCCAGGUUUACAUCCAUAUUUAGCACAAAUUUGAAAUAAAUUUUAGGACAUAAUCAAAAGAAAUUCACUGUUCAUAUGGUAACAUUAAGAAACAUUUCAAUUGAGAUCAACAGCUGGUGUGGGAGAAAAACCAGGAAGCUAACAGCUCUGAUGUUUUUAGCUCUUCACUGGUAGUUUGAGUGUGUUUGUUGCAUUUUGUUUUUACACAUAAUUGAACACCUCUCCAAAGAUGUAUCAGGUUUUUGGUGUUUCCACUCAAGUUUAUGUAAGUACAAAUUGAAAUUUCUCAUAAAAACAGAAGAAUGUAAACUGACUUCUUCUCACUGGUUGAAUCUGUCACUUUCAACCUGAAGACUUUACUAAGGACUCAUCUUGUUUACCUUCUCUUCAUCUUGUUCCGGUUCAGACCUGUCUUUUCUUCAUAUAAGUCGGUGAUGUUGUACUCUUAAUGUCAUUAUUCUGAAAAGAAUAGCAGAUAGACAAUUUUACAAUAUGGAAAAUGACUGUCUUACCAACAAGUUAAUGUCAGGAUCUAGUGCUGUUUCACUGGAUUAUCAUCCUCACAACCAAAUUAAAAAAACAUCUUAAAUAAAAGACUUGUUUUUCAAUAAACAUAAAAAAUCA